UUCACAUUUGUUCUGCUUGCGCAGCCGUAGGUUGAAAAGUGUCUGGGCGCAGCUCCCGGCUUCUUUUACGCCCAAAAAACUUCCCUAUCGCCCACAACUUUUAUAAAGGCACCAUUGCUGGUGGUGGAGCCUGGGCUGAGGCUGCUACGGCUAACGUUAGCCUCUGAUGGUUUAAAGCUAGCUUUUGCGUUCCACAGCUGGAAGACGAGCAGAUGUGACAGUUAACGUGUCCGCUUUGCGUUAUUUUGAUGGAUCCUUGCGCGACACACUCGGCUGAGCUGAGAGCAGGAAUUAGUUUCGGAAUGGAAAAGCAUCGCUAGUCGUCAUUGUUUAAAUAAAGCUUAGUUAGUGGAGCUUUGCUACCUGAUCGUAUGGUACCGACGGGAUAACAACAGCUGGCGAACUAGUGGUUUCCAGUAAUGUAAAAUUAUACGUACGUAAGUGGCGUUAAUAAUUUAUGUGACGUCUGGGAAGUCUUUGUAAUUUAAGUAGCCGUUUUGGAUUCCGACAGGCUUUUGUUAUUCCCUUUCAUAAAAUUUAGACAAAUUAACUUCGCCUGCAUGUGUAAAUGGAUGGAUUCCAGCGGUCACUGUCAAAUGAUCAGCAUCAGGGAUCACAGGCUCCCAGACGCCUUCCAGCUCUGGCUUUGAAUACAAUGAGCCAUGUUUGAGCAUGCCUGUGUGUGCCCUGCACCUGGUUCAUGUCUGAGCAAUCCUGUGGAAGUAGUCGUCAUUCUCAGGACCUGGUGGAUCCACUGAUUUAUGUAUUUAAAUAAAUCCGUCAUAUUUUCCGAGUGAGUCGACGAAAUGCUUGGCAGCCGUUCGAGAGCGGCACGGCUCCUCUUCAUUCUGCUGCUCACGCAAGCAGGUGUUGUUUGUGUGCGUGUCUGCGUGAUGGAAGGCACAAUUUCAAAGAGCAGAGGUCUGCUUUCAUGUCAUGGAGAUAAAAUCUGUGGCCCUCCACCCUUUCCUCUCACCAGCCCGGCCUGACGGCUCGAUCUUAUCGGGUCGUAGACAGCCACUGUCGAGCACAGCUUCACCGCGUAACACCAGCAAAAUCAUAUUUAUUCCCGUUGGACCGAUAGUUGAUCCAACAUGGACUUUAACUUCAUGCUAGGAACAGUCUGGUACUUGUUGCUGUUAUUUUAGUAAUGUGAUCAUUCAGCAUCCCCAGCUGUGAUGCACAAGAACUUAUCCAGAAGGUUUGUGUUAAAGUUCACAGAGGAACUGACUCAGCGUUUGGAGCGAGGAAUAUUUUUCUCAUUUUCUCAACAUUUCUUUCAGUUAGUUUUGUCAUUUAUGAGUGUGGUGAGACAUGUAUUUCUCUAAAGCACAAAUGCCUUUUGGAACCGCUCAGCAAAGCGAAGCAGCUUUGAAUUCCAGAGUCCGCCUGCCGGACUGACACAUUUGGGAGGAGUGACAGUUUUCAUAACAAACUCGCAAGGGUUACACUGAAAAGACUGCUUAUGAGUGUGGUGUUGAGAGUGGGUGGCUGAUGAACUGUUGCACAAAACUCCGAUAAGAAAUGGCUCAGACUGGAACUAGGAACUGAGAGGUAGUGCCAGGCCUUGCUGCUACACAGCAGGUCCAGUGUUAUCAGAACAUUAAUCAAUGUUAUGGAAGAAGUCUUCACAGUUUCAUCGUGUGGUUGACCAGUUCAGGCUUUGACUAUAAACACAUAGUGAUCUCAGUGGAGCGGUCUCACAUCAUUCUUAUAAAUUAAUCAAUUUAAGAAUUCCCCACAAAUAACUCAGUUGACCUCUGCAGCUUGUGGCUUAGUUGUGAUUUACUGUGGUUGUUCGCUGGAAGCCAAACCCUCCAUCCAGCUGUCCUGAGUCGUCCACUGUGUUUCUCGUGAAGAGAAAACGUCCCGGUCUGAGAAAUGGGCUCGCUUUUGAUGAGAGUCUCAGCAGAAAUCAGUGCUCCAAUCUUAAGUCCUGCGCAUGCUAUCAUUAUCCAAAACACUGCUUUUGCCUUCUGAUGAUUCUAAAGGUCACGGACAGCUUAACAAAGCGAACGAUAAUUCAUCUUGAGUGCAGUUUUUUCCUUGUGGUCUUCAGGGGAGUGGUAUAAUUAUCAGCUCGUGCAUUUUUCCAUCAUUUGUUUUGAGCUCAGUAAUUACUCCCUCAGGUGACUGACUCCUCUGUUUACCGUCAGUGGACUUAUGUGCCAUUUACCUCAGCCUCUCAGGAAAAAUAUACACAAACAAACUCAUUUUCUCUGUCUCUUCUUUCCUUCUUGCCAACAAGAAUAGAAAAAUGAUUAGGAGGCUCUGGUCUCCUAGCAACUAGUCCACAGCACCGUAUCUGUUUUAGUAGAGGGAAUCUAGAAGUUUUAGGUAAUUCAUUUAAGUUUAUAACCAUGUUCUAGGGAGACAAGGUCUGAUCUAUUUAGACGCCACUAAAAGCUCAGAUGUUAAACAGACUCACGCUGCGCGAGUCAGAGUAAAGCUGUGUCCGAUCUAUUAGAAAGUCACUGAAAAGCAGUCGGACAGUAACAUGUAGGAAUUUAGCUGGUAACUGAUAUUUCAUCAGAUCUUUCCACCCAGAGAAACGAGUUCAAGUUGCUGUGGAAAGGGUGAUGUGUGUGUGUGUUGUACACCUGAAUCCUUGUGCGUAACCUGAAGUAUGAAGUCAUGGUAACAGCUCGGUGCCUCCCGACCUCACCGGUAGCUGUCACUCCCCCGGGUGCUGGGUGGGACAUGACAUGAGCAGAGGUCCUGGAGCUUGAACUUACUGUUGGCUAGGACUGCGCCGAGUCUCUGAUCUCCUGUGUAAAUGAAGGCGCCGUUAACGUGCGAUAGGAGCGAGUUCUGCUGCAGCCGCAUCCAUGGACACGGCGAAGAGCGGGGCAGCGGAGCCCACGUACAGCCGCUGGUCGUACAGACCCUCCAGCUCUGGCAGCUUCUCCUCUCACUCAACAGCGAGUGCCAUUGAAGAUGAUGGUUCCAGCCUGAUGCAGCAGAAGCUGGAGAAGCAGAGGGCACUGCUUGAGCAGAAGCAGCGGAGGAAGCGGCAGGAACCCCUGAUGGUCCAACCCAACACAGAGGCUCGGCCCCGGCGCUCCAGGACACGGCGCGGCGAGGAGCAGGCCCCGCUGGUAGAGUCUCAACUCAGCGUUGUCAAUGAUGUCAUCAUGGAUGGCAUCGAUGGCCCCGCAGCGUUCUUGGGCUCAGAGGCUCCUGAUCUGGGAACAAAAAUCCAAAUCACGUCGGCCAGCCAGACCCAACACCGGUCCCAGUCUCAGUCCCCUGCUGCCGAAGAGCCAGAGAGAGAUGGAGACACGGAGACACUGCUAGAGUCCAAGACAGACAUCCACGAACUCCUGCAGAAACAAGGUCUGUCUGGCAGCAUGAACUUCGACGAAGCCAGCGAGCACGAGGACAAUGCGGAGGAAGUGCGGCCGCGUUCCCUGUCUCCCCACGCCGACUCCACCAGGCCUUCCUCCGCCGCAAGCGCCAAAGAGGAGGCGGUGACGCCGACGUCGCCGGCAGCAGAAUGCCUCAUGGAUGUGGCCAAUCUGGAGGAAUUUGUGCUGCGCCCAGCUCCACGCGGCGCCACUGUGAAAUGUCGAAUCACCCGGGAUAAGAAGGGCAUGGACCGCGGGCUCUACCCCACCUACUUCAUGCACAUGGAGAGAGAAGACGGCAAGAGGGUGUUUCUACUGGCAGGACGAAAGAGGAAGAAGAGUAAGACGUCCAACUACCUUAUUUCAGUGGACGCCACAGAUCUGUCACGAGAGGGAGAGAGCUUCAUCGGUAAACUCCGGUCCAACCUCAUGGGGACCAAGUUCACAGUGUAUGACAACGGCACCAACCCCUGCAAGAACCCCGGAGCUCUGCUGGAGGAGAGCAGCACGCGGCAGGAAGUGGCCGCCAUCUGCUACGAAACCAAUGUGCUGGGAUUCAGAGGACCACGCAAAAUGACCGUGAUCAUUCCAGGCAUGAAUAUGAACUUUGAGAGAGUCCCAGUGAGGCCUCAAAACGAGCAGGAGAGCCUCAUCAGCAGAUGGCAGAACCACUCCCUGGACAACCUGAUAGAGCUGCACAACAAGGCCCCAGUGUGGAACGACGACACCCAGUCCUACGUGUUGAACUUCCACGGGCGCGUCACUCAAGCUUCCGUCAAGAACUUCCAGAUAGUCCACGACAACGACCCCGACUACAUUGUGAUGCAGUUCGGCAGAGUGGCUGAAGACGUCUUCACUCUGGACUACAACUAUCCCAUGUGCGCUCUUCAAGCCUUCGCCAUCGGCCUGUCGAGCUUCGACAGCAAGCUGGCCUGCGAGUGAACCUUCUCUUCUGUUUCUGCUCCGUCACGCGUUUUGUGGGCCCUCGCAGCUCCUCAGCAUCACCCUGGAGCAGGUUCCCACAGGCGAAAAUAAAGAAGUGAGACACCGGCGAGAAGACCUGGUUGUCAGGUGGCAAAUCCAA